GGAGAGCAUCCGGAAGAAGCGCGUGCGGAAGGGUAAAGUCGAAUACCUGGUGAAGUGGAAAGGAUGGCCCCCAAAAUGGAGACACCGAAGCCCACAGCAGAGAGGAGUCCUUGCCUAGGGUCAGACAGCUGGGAAGAUCUGAACUACCUGAGCCCAGACUUGUGGGCCCACCCCUGUAAUACACAGCCAGCUCCACCAAAGGUACAGCACGUGGGAGCCAGAAGAGCACAUCCUGGACCCCCGCCUCGUCAUGGCCUAUGAGGAGAAACGGAAGUCCUGUAGGGUGUGGCAGCUCCUGCCCAGAGGACAGCCAGACGUUAGGAACAGACACCGUGGGGCUCACUGGUUUGCGCUGAGCUCCGGUCGAGAGACUGGCCCAAGGUCCCCCAGCCAGGGCGAGGGUGGAUCCUGACGCCUGCGUUCUUGCUGCUGUGCACGUGGCCUCUGUAGUGGGGCUACAGAAAGUGUGGAUGGAACCGAAACAGGAGGCAAAAUGAAGUGGCUCUGAAUCUCCCCACCACUUCUGGCACUGUCGUUUGGAGUCUCUGGUUGUGUUGUGUAUGUCGUGUGUGACUAUAAGCAUCCUCAAGUUGUGCCUUGUGUUUGUGUGUUUUGGUAUAUGGGGAAGGCACCCAGCAGAGAGUCAGGCAUCUACUAGGCACUAAUACAGGUUAAUUUUCUUCCUGUCCCCUGACUAGAUGGUACAGACAAGGUAGGAGCCUGCCCUCUCCCAAGUUCAUAUAGAUUGCACUCGGGGGGGCAGUCUGGGCUGAGCUACACUUGCAAAAGGAUUUGCCAUUCUCAUCAGCUCCUCUGGGACAGUCAAGGCAAAUUGGACUGACAGGUUUCUACCUGACUUCCCUAAGAGUAGAAACCGGAGCUUCAGCUUUGGAGGGGUCCCCAGCAGUGUGCAGAGCAGAGCCCUAUGUGGGCCUGGAGCCCAGUGAUGGUUCACAUGUUUUUGGAGAUGCUGCAUGAGUCCUGCCUCAGCGACUGAGACCAGUGCCCUCCCCGUCUGUCAGAUGGGAAGACCAGGGCCUUGCGAGUCGAGCAUCUGGCCCCCUUGUUGUGGCCCCAGCUGAGCAGUGGGGAGGAUCGGUGGACCGUCUGGAGGGCAUGUCCCCUUCCCGACAGGCAGCACAGGGCGGGCAAAGUGGACGCCUUGCUUUCUCUUAGAUGUCACCCGUGUUUCCUUUUCUUCUGCCGCCUGCUUCGCACCCCAGGGAAGAGAGAGACCGAGCGUCGGGGUAUAGGAAGAGAGGUCCGAAACCCAAGCGGCUUCUGCUGCAGCGGCUGUACAGCAUGGACCUGCGGAGCUCCCACAAGGCCAAGGGCAAGGAGAAGCUCUGCUUCUCCCUGAUGCGCCCACUCGGCAGCGGGAGCCCCGAGGGGGUGGUCAAGGCGGGGACACCCGAGCUGGUGGACAAGGGCCCCUUGGUGCCCACCCUGCCCUUCCCGCUCCGCAAGCCGCGCAAGGCCCACAAGUACCUGCGGCUCUCACGCAAGAAGUUCCCGCCCCGCGGGCCCAACCUGGAGAGUCUCAGCCAUCGACGGGAGCUCUUCCUGCAGGAGUCAUCGAGCGCAGACGUCCUGCAGGCGGCCAGCGAGUGGGAGCCCACGGAGCAGCCCCCCGAAGAGGAGGCAGAGACAGACCUGGCCGAAGGGCCCCCUCCCUGGACACCUGCGCUCCCCCCAAGUGAGGUGACCGUGACUGACAUCACCGCCAACUCCAUCACCGUCACCUUCCGAGAGGCCCAGGCGGCAGAGGGCUUCUUCCGAGACCGCAGCGGAAAGUUCUGAAUCAUCGUUUUUUACUCUUCUUAAACUGUUUUCUUUUGGGCUUGGGGUGGGGACUUCCAGAGAUGGGGAGGGGUUGGGGGCGGGGUAAUUAUUUUAUUUAAAAAAAAACCUGAGCAGAAGAAGUGGGGAAGACCCUCUGACCCUGCCCCUUCCUCUGCUAGGGACUUUUACGGGGAGGCCUCAGGCAGGGGCUGGCGCGCUGGGCGUUGCUCCAGGAGUUGGGGCAUCUCCCCAGGGCAGGAUGAGGACAAAGCCGCCUGCCUGGGACACCUCUGUCCUUGUUCUCUAGAGAUGCAGCAGCUGGUGCUGGGAGUGACAAGACCGUCAGGAGGCCCAAGCCCGCUCCCUCGAGCAGCCCGCCUCAGCCGUCUGGCUGGUUUCCCCUUCCCAUUUUUUUGAUCGGGUCUUUGUUUUGAACUUUCCACUCCAGUUUUGUGGUGAGCUGUGGAGGCUGUCUGUGACCAGAGUGACUGGGUCAGCAAGCAGGGGCAGGAGGAAGGGCUUGAGAUUGCUGGGGCCUGUCCCCUCCCCUUCAGAGAGGUUUCUGCCCUUCCCAGGGAGGAGGCUGCCAGCCGAGACCCUUCUGCUGAGAGCUCCACCCUCCCCACCACCUGGCCCGUGCAGACACACGCGUCGCCCAGCCUCACCGGGGUGCAGCGUGUGUGCCCCGCCUGCCCCAUGAAUUUGUGUGUGUCUACCGACAGGUCCGCGUGGGCCUUGCAAAUGUGCUUUAGAGCCUGACCAGGUGAAAUGGGGUGAUUCACAGCACUGAGGAACUGCCACGACACCCCACACUCACCCCACCUUGCAUGCACAUCACGUGAUAGGAUCUACGCCGGCCUGGUUUGCCUGCAGCUGUCAGUGGAGGGCAGAGGUCUAGCCGUGGGCACGAGGGCAUCUCUGCUGCAGGGAUGCAGGUGUGGUUUUGCGGUUAUACCCAGCGAGGUUGCAGGUGUGCAGGCCUCUGCCAGGUUGGGCUGACAUGUCAGCACCUGCUCCAAGACACUAGGGCCCUGUCUUGCCUCCCCAGGGGGGUUCUUGUUCUUUCUGACUCAGGUGACUUUUCAGCCCUUCUGACCCCCCUCUUCUUCUGCCCUCCCCUCCUACUCGGCCAACCCAGACGUGGUGUGGGUGUGGGCAGUCGGGCAGGGAGGCAGUGGCCCGCCACCUUCUCAGGGCAGCCCCCAACUCCUGAACCAUUCCUCCCAUUCUGUGUCCCUUCCCCAUCCACCCUAAAUGCCACAGCUGGGGCUAGCCUUGUUUCCCUGUGGGGGGACCUCCGCCAUGUCUUCCUGAGGUCAGGCUGCCUCAUAUGGUGGGUCAGGCCGUGCACAAGCCCUGGCGAGGGGCUGUGUCUGCCAGGAGGAGGGACGCUUGUUUUCUAGCUUGUACGGGGUACCCUGUGGGCUAGUAGCUUCCCUGCCAGUGAGGGCUGAGUUUUCCCUCCAUCCCUGUCCUGUAGAGGAGAAAAAGCCAGAUUGGGGGCACAAGGGGAGCGUGGCAAGGCCAGCACCCCUGUCCUCCGCUGUCGCCAGAGUCAGGGUAACCUGAACCGGGAGUGCAGCCGGGCUUUGAAACCCGCCUGCCCUCCCCAGCAUUGUCCCCCAGCCCCGUGCUGUGUCCUCAGGAAGUCAGCAGGAUCUCUGCUGAGGCACAGAGAGGGUGACUCUUCACCCAGCCUCUUCCCCAGUUCCCAAACCAAAGACAGCCUGAGCCCCCUUUCUGUUUGGGGCACUCCGUUGGCAAAAUCCCCAAACCCCCGAUUCUCUCUCUCUACCCCCUUCCUCCUUAAUCCUUAGUUGUCCAGGGUCAAUUCAGUGCUUCCAUUGGGGCGUGGUCCCCUCUGGGGUGACCUGAUUCACCCCCAGCCCAGGGAAUUGAACCUAGAGGAACAUGAAGAGGUAGGGCAGGAAAAGGAAGGGGCGGCAGGAAUCUCACCCAUUGGCUGUGGGACCCGGGGGAGGGGAAAGGGAAGCUCAGAGUUGCGGGGGAGACUCUUCCAAUAUAGGGGCUCCCAGCAGAGGUGAAGGUGGUGGAGUUGGGGGGUCUCUCUCUCCAGUUGGAUGUGUUGGCUGUGGCUUUGGACAUGGCUGGCAGCUUCCAGUAGAAGUCAUAGCCCCCAUCCCCCAGGGGACGUGGACCUCUUCCUGCUUCCUGGAAACUUUCAAAGAACUGUUUGUGCAAUCUGGGUUUGUGGUUUCGGGGGGCUUUCUUGUGGACGAGGCAGUUGUUUUUCUGUCUGCAGCAGCAGAACGCAUCUUUCCUCCUACUCAGCCCUUUAUGGCCCUUGGGGGAAUCCUGUGGCCCAGGGAGGGCUGAACUCCAGGGUGCCCUGGAGUGAGUGGACCAGAGAUGCCCAGCUCAGGGCAGCAUGUGGCUCAUGGGCUGCUGUGAGCCA